AUCUCCAUACUUCCAGUCUCCUCCGCUGUCUCCGUUCGCCUCGUCACUGUGGGGAACAACCCGGCCAUUCCUCAGCAUCAUUCAUCGCUAACGGAGUGAUUCGCCGAUGGGUCCUCCCCGACACAACCCACUUCCUUCUCUCUCUUCCACUUCUUUUCUUCUUCUAGGCUCUCCUCCCCUCAUCGUUCUGUCCUCUCUUCUACUAUUUCUUCUUUUCUCGCCCACUGUCGUUGCAGAAAACUCGGCCGACUGGACGGUGCGGCCGUCCAACAGCUCGGCGGAUAUCUCGUGGAUCGGACACUCUAGAUUCCUGCUGAAUAGCUCCCAACUCCAGCUGUCCGCAUCCGUGAUUUUGGCUCCGCUGACCCAGGCCCUCGUCAACCUCACCGACUUGGAACUCACAAAUUUGCGUAUUACGGGUAGCCUGGUCGACGUAGACGCCACCAAUUCGCUUUCUUUAAGUAGCCAGGAUAUCGCUGUCAUCAGCUGCGACUCUUCUGCAUAUCCUGGAAACUUAGAUGCGAGUGCUACCGUGAGAAACGUCCUCACCGCGCAGCAAAAGGCAGCCGCGGUGAUCCUGUACAGUGCAUCUGCAACACACUGCUCUUAUUCACCAUCCGGGUCAUCCGUCGACCAGUACGACAACGUUUUUACUGUGCUGAACAAGGCACUCUCCACGCAGCUUAUUUCUCUGGGAAACGGCUCGUCUACCAUCUAUCCCAAGUCCACCAACAUGUCGUUCAUCGCCUCAACUUCGAACCAGGUCGGGUCCACCGGCGAUAGUCCCAACACUGCGAUGAUCAUUCUGUACACUAUUACCGGAAUCAUCACGGCACUCUUCCUGGCCAUCAUCAUCACCGGAGCAGUCCGGGCUCAUCGUCACCCUGAGCGCUAUGGGCCGCGGCAUACGGCAGGACGACCCCGGCAAAGCCGAGCAAGAGGCAUAGCGCGAGCCAUGCUUGACACGAUCCCGAUCGUCAAAUUCGGGGACAACAACGAGCACGACGGCAAGACCGAUGCGGCCAAGGGAGAUGUAGAGAUGGGAAUGGGGUCUGAGACGCAGUCGCGUGAGACUCUGGAAGAGGGACAUGAGCCAACCACCGUGCCAGCAACUAGGACUACAGACCGGACGGAUGAGGUCUCCGCAGCUGUAUCGCCUCAUUCUCAGGAAACGCCGGGGACUGCGCCGCAUUCCACGGACAAGCCACGCAGCACAGCCCCCGAUGCGGGAACGACCACGGAUUACCCGAACUUUGCCUGCCCAAUCUGUACCGACGACUUCGUCAAGGGCCAGGAUCUGCGCGUGCUUCCGUGCAACCACCAAUUUCAUCCCGAGUGUAUUGAUCCCUGGUUGGUGAAUGUGUCUGGCACUUGCCCGCUCUGUCGGAUCGAUCUGAACCCCGCGCAACCCGAAGGCGAAGAAGGACAAGGUGCGGGCGACAGCCACGCGGAGACAAGUCCCGAGAUGGCCACGUCGACGCCCGCCGCGCCCGAGGGCAACAGCCACCAGCACCGCCACCGACGUCUGAGCAGUUACCUUCACCACACGUUGAACGCCCGCCGCAUGCGCGAUGCCAGUGUCGAGGAGCGUCUGGCUGCUCUGCGCAGUGUCCGGGAAGAGACAACGCGCCAGGACUCCUCCUCCGGCCCAGCCGAGGAGAAUGAUGAGCACCGCCGCCGACGAAAUGGCCUGACGAAACGACUGCGCGAUCGGUUCCGCGUCCGCACCAGGGCGCACGGAAUGGAGCCGACCCCAGAGGAAUCGGUUGAGUCCUCGCCCGCUGCUGCUGCUGCUGCUGCCACCUAACGAUAUACAUACGUGGUUUAUCUUUUGUUCUCGGUCUGUACAUGUGAUAUUGUCUGUAUUCUGAGCACUGCGCGCAAACGAUGCAUUUUUUCUUUUUUCUCUUUUUGGUCUGUGAGAUCAAACACGGGUACAUAGUCCAUGGGCCACGAUGACGAUGACGACGACAAUUUUGACAAACGCCAAAGAUGAUGACGAUCAUGGGAUGCUGUUACAUAGCGCAGCCUGGCUGCUAGCGGCUUUCUUUCUUCUUGCUUCAUGUUCUGCGGAAUCUGGUUCUCCUCUGCGUUGACCGUGUUUGGCUAGUUUGAUACAUGGUUUGGGCAAUAAACGGCGUUUGAGAAGGGGGUUUGUUUGGGUGUUAGGAUUAUUUUGUACAUAGGACUACUCUAUGAAGAUGAUCUGAUGCAAUGGUA